CUGUGGCUACUACGCCACUUGAGCGCCGGCGAGACUUGGCAUCUGCUUGUUGACUUCCCACAAACAUGGCUUCACUUACUGCAGAGACCCUCCUCGAUGGGAUUUCAAAUGAAGAUUGCACCCUGUUAGCGAAAUCCUUCAAGGACAAAAAGUUCCGCCAACUCUUGUGUGACUACGCUAAAGAAGUGAAUGAUCCAGAGAACCGAAAACAAUAUGAGGAAGAAGUGAUAGAGUUUGAAAAGGAACGUGGGGUGGAAGCUGUCUUCAUUCACCCGAGUCCGGGAUUCGCCUUAACACUGAGAGGCGAUGACGAUGAUGGUGUGGGGUUUGUCAAUAUAUGCAGCAGUGAUGUGGUGCAGAAACCGGAUCUGCAGGCAGUGAGUGGUGGGGGUAAAAAGUGCCAUAAAUGGUCCCUGCCGCAUGCUAUUGCUAAGCCACGGCGCGAGGCUGUGCAUGACCACCGGGACAGGUCAAGGAAACCAACAGCGGUGUAUGAUGUCGUGUUUCAUCCCGAAGCCCUUCAGCUGGCCUUCCACUCGCCUGUCAUAAAGCAAAGCUUGAUCGACACGGCCCUGGAUAGCCUCAGGAAACAUUACAGUGUAAAAGUUGGCAAGGUAGAGGAAGUGAAGGAGAAACAAUACAUAGGCAUGCCUGCCCAGUCCAUCAUAAAACGCCAUGUGGAUAAGAAACAUUUCCAGGCUGAUGAGCAAAAGAGUGCAUACAAAGAUCACAGGACUAACAUUAUUGGUAAUUCAUUUGUUAAUGUAAGUGAAGAGAAAAUUAGUGAAGAAUCAAAUUUUGUUGAACCAAAGUACAAGCUUAAGUAUGUAAGGAAAAUGGACAUUCAAGAUUAUUCAGUGCAAUUAAUACCCCAGUGCAACCAGCCAUGGCAGCCACAGGCCCUGGAACUUGAAGUGAACCUGCCACAGGUCUCCCGGGCAUCACAAUUGAACUGUGAUAUUCAGCAGCAGUCUGUUCUCCUCACAACAGAAUCUGAACCCAAGUACAAAUUGAAGCUCCCCCUCAGGUAUCCCAUCGAUGAGGAUCAGAGCACUGCUAAGUUUGAUGUGUCAACACAGAAACUGACACUGAAUCUGGCUGUGGUUCCAUCAAACAAGAACAGUGAUAAGCUUGUUUCACACAGUCAGUCUCCUCCAUCAGACUCUGGCAUUGAGUGUGAGCUUGACUUGAGGACUAAUGGUGAUAGUGAUAAUGUAUCGGAAGAGUCAGUGUCAUCCCAGGAUGAUGGUGCUAAGGAUGUGGAAGAAGUUACUGGUGCAGAGGAGGAAGAUAAUGUGUUUGAGCCAUCAUCAGCAGAGCAUAAGUUGACACUAGCACCAAAUUAUUCUGUUCAACAAAAUAAAGAGAGCAUGAUCAUUUCUCUGUAUUGUGGAAAUGUUCUUCCCAGCAGUAUGAAAGUUGAACAAGUUGACAAUUUGUAUGCUGGAAUUGAAUUUUCCUGCAUUGGGGGAGGUCAGACCUUGCUUCAUUACAGCCUUAAGGUUGAUGUCAGCCCUCAUAAGAUUGCUGCUUCUGGCCUGAGUCACAAGGAGGAGGAGGGGAAAGUGGUGCUAAUGGUCAAGAAGGCUGUGAAAGAGUUUUGGGAGACUUGCAAGAUUGGACAUGGAGACGUCAUGACCACCAUUAAUCUACCCAUCACUGAAGAAAAACCAAAGAAUGAGUCAACUGAAGGAAAGCAAGAUAGCCCCAAGAGUUGUGCUUGCCCCCCUCGAUCACCUCGGAUGGCUCGGACAGUCAGCAUGUGUGAAACUGAAGCCAGCCAUCCAUUUCGGCUUCGAGGACCCACCUGCUCUUGGCCUCGAGGGAUCUUGAAGCACCGUGUCCGUUCCUUGAGUGAAUCCCAGGUGGGCAACUUACCUUCCCCAGGUCUCUUAGGGCCCACAAGUUCUUCACUUGACCUUGAAGUAUUUGAAAGCAAGUCAAGAUAUGAUGAUGAGGAGGGAGAAGAGAGUGUUGAAGAGAGUGUUGCCUCAAGCCUGGGGGAGAAGAAGAGUGUUCGCUUCAAUGAGGUUGUAUCUCGGCAGCUUUUCCGGUCCAACUCCUCCAUUUUGGGUCAACGGGCCAAAAACCAACGCAAAGCCUUAAGGAAGCGCAAGUCUCAGGCACGUAGGGAGUCUGAAAGUGAGAAAGAUGCUGGCAUAAACACAUCUUCUGGUGAUAGUGACCUCACCACUGAUGCUGCCACUGAUGAUGACACUGAUGCUACUAACUCCAACACAACAGAAGUGGAUGUAGACAGUGAUGCUAACAAUCCUAAGGACAGCAGCAAUAUUAAUAGCUGUGAUGAUGUACUGCAAUUUCUGAAGACAGGGAAAAAGAAUAAGAAUAUGUACAAGUCAACUAAGCAUAAUAAUAAUAAUAAUAAUAAUAAUAAUAAUAGUGAUGACAAUAGUAAUAAUAAUUCAGGUAAAAGUGAUCUUGCCAGUGAAAAAACAAAUAAAGAAGAAGAAGAGGAGGACAACAGUGAUUUCAUCAUCAAAACAAGUAAAAAGAAGAAGAGGAAAAACAGGAAAAACAAGAUGCCUAGUUUUGAGCCCUCUAACACCCUUAUUUUCCAGCUGGACAUGGACAAAUGAACAAUAGGAGGGAGAACACCUUUGCAGCUUUCAUUUGCUGCCUAAGGGACAUAGGUACAUUGGCGACUUAUGGAAGAUGAUGUGCACUUACACAUUAUGAUGAAAUGCUUAUCUACUCCUUCAGGGGAAAAUGUCACGUCAGUGCAAAAGAGCUAUGUGAAUUAUUCAGACUACUUCAGAAACAUUAACUGUUGUAUCCUUACUUCAGAAACAUUAACUAUUGUAUCCUUAUGUACUUUUUUGUCACUAUUUUUUAAGAGCAUUGUUAUUAAACCUGUGUGAUUGUUCCAUAUACAUGCCAAAUUUAUACUCUAAAAUUAUGUUCCUUAUGUCUGGUAAAUUGAAAGUACAAAACUUGAGUUUUCUAAAUUUGAAUAUGAUGCAUGUUGAGAAUCUUAGAUCCAAAUGAAACAUGGAUUCUAUUCAGGUGUUACUGUGAUAGUAACCUUUUUCCUGGUCUUGUACUAUCACCUGUGUUACACCUCAGACAGCCACCUUUCUUACAAGACCUACACUGAACCUGGCUAAAUCUUCAGGGUUUUAAGAACCAUUCUAUUCUCUUAUGACCAUGAAAAUUUAGCCAGUGCAGUGUUUGCCCACACUAGCAAACUGUCUUAAGUGUAACAGAUGCUAGCACAAGACCAGGAGGGAAAGAAGCUUUCUUUAUAUGUAUGUUGUCACAUCUCUACAACUUAUCUUUUCUGUUUGAAAUUGUUUCACAUUUUCUCAUACAGUGUAUGUGAUUACAGUAGAUAGACAGAUAGAUAAUGCAAAUAUAUAUAUAAAGUAGCAGAAAGACAGUCAGAUAUAAUUAGAUAUACAGGAUGUGGAAUAAGUAACCCCUUUUUCUUUAUUUUUUUGUUUCUAUGUAUGAAUUUAUACAUUGACGAUCAAUUAAUUAGCUAUCAUGAUCAUAAUACCACCAGACUUCUUUUUUAGUUUCAAACCAAAAAGAAUUCCUGAAUUAUAACAAGUGUGUUCAGAAAAAUUUUCUGUAAUUACCUUGGGAAUGUGUCAAAAAGUUUGUAAAAGUGCUCCUGGGAUUGUAUUGAACAAUUUAACAUUGAUGCUUUUUGUGCAUUACUUGUUAUUAAAUGUUUUGUUUUAACUGCUGUAAUACAUUACUUUCAUUUCAAAACUACUAUAGUCAAUUUAUGUUCAAUACAAUUACUUAUACUGCACCCUGUAUGUUAAUAUUGUUUAAAUUUUCAACACUUUAGAUCUAGGAUUCUCAACUUGCAUCUUUCCUGUCUGCUGCAGACAAAAGUCUCUUUAUUAGGUCAGCAUUGGGUAGAAAUUUUGUAGUUGUGCCUUUUGAAGGUUUUCAUAUUCAGAAGUGUUUCAGAUUUUCACCAGUAUAGAUGAAUCGGUAUUGGCUGGAUAUUCAGAGCUCAAUAAUGUUAGUUGUGCAACCUUUAACCUUAUGUUGCUUACACCAGUAUAUCUCCCAGUGAUUGAUUCCUGUGAUUUAGUUUUGAAGGUGAUAUAAGUUAAUGAGGCUCAUUCUAGCCAUAAAGACUGGAAGUGAGUACUAAUAGGCCAUUCUGUAAGGGUGACUUCUUGUUAUAAGUUAUUUAAAACAUGCUUUAUAAUGUUCAGAGGUGUUGGAAGGAAUUCAUUGGAUUUGUAGCACCAAGUGAACAACUGACUGUAUAACACUAAGGGUGUUAUGGUUAUGUUUAUAUUGGGUGAAUAACCUGAAGCAUGGAAAACAAGGGCAUCAUGUUAGAUUUCUUGAAAAUUUGUUCUCUGAAAAUGUAAGUUUGUCUUCAUAAGGAUUUUGUACUAAUUUUUUUCCUAUUUUUGUAAAGUCUGCUGCUUAAUUUUGAGAGUAUGUCUUAAGACAUGUUUAAUUGUUUAGUGAUUGUUAAACCAUCAUGAUAUUAUUUUUUACAUAAUUGAAGGCUCACAUGUUUCUUAGGCAAUCACAUAGUUUAACUAAAGUGGUAGAAAAGUGAAAUUUGAGGACAAAGUAUUAGCCUCACUUUGGUGUUUUCAGUAGCAGAUGCACAGUAACAUGAAUGUCAAAGAUGGGUUACUAAGAGUACAAGAUUAGUACAGACCUUCACUAGAUCAUGAUUGCUACUUUGUCUUAUGUGGUGCAUUGUAUUCACUAAAUGCUAAUAGGAAGUAGACCUUUUCAACAUUUCAUUAUAUUCAAGGUAAUAUUGCUAUAUAAUGCAAAAUUAAAUCAAUAUAUUACCAA